AUGGGGGAAGAUCCAAUAGAUAUUCCUCUGCAUGAGGUGGAGUUCCAGGAACUAGACAACCCGCUUCGUGCAGUAAUAGUAAUCAACUCGCCUGAUGUUCCAGAAGGCGAAAUGGACGAGAGACUCUUGGAUGAAAUACAGACAUUUGACGAGGUAAAUGGCUUUUUUGACAAAUUUGACGAAGAAGUUGCCCUCAAAAACGAAGACCACAUCAAGUACGAAGUAGGCAGUGACGGUCUUGUGGUGAUAAUAGUCGAUUCGAAGGAAUUGAAGCAGAAAGUGUUGACCUUUAUUGACGAGUACACUUCGGAAGUGGACAACAGGACGGAAGAUGCAGAGGAUAGACCAGCGAAAAAGGCGAGAAAAUAG